AUGUAUGACAACAUCUCUGAUUUCACAAGAUAUGACGACGACCAUGACCCCGAACACGGUGAAGAAGAAGUUUUACAAACAUCCAUUAAGACAGGAAAGGUUUUAACUCAAAGUCUCAUUAUUGACACCAAAGAUGGCGAAGUGGACGUUCUUCAAGAGCUGAAGAAAAAUACUUCUUCGGGAGGUGGUGGUAGGCAUGAACUUGAAAUAAAUGAGAUAGAAGAGAAAUUAGCCGAAAAAGCAGAUAAAGAACAUAAACACAAUAUCUCCGAUAUAAAUGAACUUCAAGCUACAUUAAAUAGUAAAGCGGACAAAAAUGAACUUGACGCAACGAACAAAGUUUUGAAAUCUCAUAAACACAAUAUCUCCGAUAUAAAUGAACUUCAAACUUCUUUAGACAAUAAAGCAGACAAAAACCAUGUUCAUUAUAUAAGUUCUGAUGAACAGAUUAUAACGGACUAUCAUGGAUAUUUAACACAGGGUGAAAAAGUGAAUACGAAAAAUGUUAAUGAAAGAAGAUAUAAAUUCAUUCGUGCUAAAGGUUAUGACAUACACUGUACUGUACAGUAUGACACAGGUAUAGCACCACAAUCAUUUGGUUAUAACGCUGAAAUUUAUGCUUCAUACUUCUUUGUUAACGGUGUAUUAGUUGAACCAAGAUUUACUUUGAGAGUUAAGUCAAAAAUAACUUUUGAAGAUGCUAUUAAAAGUAAAGCUGACAAAACAGAACUUGACGCAACGAACAAAGUUUUGAAAUCUCAUAAACACAAUAUCUCCGAUAUAAAUGAACUUCAAACUUCUUUAGACAGUAAAGCCGACAAAAAUCAUACACAUAAAUCCUUCACUACUGUUAGAGCAGACGACAUAAUAUUGAACUAUGAUUUGGGUUCAAGUGCACCUUUAGAGAAUCCGAGUACAAGCGUAAAAGAUACUCUUAACAAUUUAG